UCUGUCUAUUGCUCUUGAGGGAGCAACUUUUCCAGGCCUCUUUUGCAAGCUCUCCUGGCUGUCUGAACAAACAUGUGCGAUGAGGAGGAGACCACCGCUUUGGUGUGCGACAACGGCUCUGGACUGGUGAAGGCCGGCUUUGCUGGGGAUGACGCUCCCAGGGCCGUGUUUCCUUCCAUCGUGGGCCGACCCCGCCAUCAGGGUGUCAUGGUCGGUAUGGGCCAAAAAGACAGCUACGUAGGAGAUGAGGCCCAGAGCAAGAGAGGCAUCCUCACCCUCAAAUACCCCAUUGAGCACGGCAUCAUCACCAACUGGGAUGAUAUGGAAAAGAUCUGGCAUCACACGUUCUACAAUGAGCUCCGUGUGGCUCCGGAGGAGCAUCCCGUCCUCUUGACUGAGGCUCCUCUGAACCCCAAAGCCAACAGGGAGAAGAUGACUCAGAUCAUGUUUGAGACCUUCAAUGUUCCAGCUAUGUAUGUGGCCAUCCAGGCUGUCCUGUCGCUCUACGCCUCUGGCCGUACUACAGGUAUUGUGCUGGACGCUGGUGAUGGUGUGACCCACAAUGUGCCCGUAUACGAGGGUUACGCCCUUCCCCAUGCUAUCAUGAGACUGGAUUUGGCCGGCAGAGACCUUACAGAUUACCUGAUGAAGAUCCUGACAGAGAGAGGCUAUUCAUUCGUCACCACAGCUGAGAGGGAGAUUGUGCGUGACAUUAAGGAGAAGUUGUGCUACGUGGCUCUUGAUUUUGAGAAUGAAAUGGCCACCGCAGCCUCCUCUUCAUCCCUGGAGAAAUCCUACGAGUUACCCGACGGCCAGGUCAUCACCAUCGGUAACGAGAGAUUCCGCUGCCCCGAGACCCUCUUCCAGCCUUCUUUCAUCGGAAUGGAGUCCGCCGGUAUCCAUGAGACCACUUACAACGGCAUCAUGAAGUGCGACAUUGACAUUCGUAAGGAUUUAUAUGCCAACAACGUACUGUCCGGUGGUACCACCAUGUACCCUGGUAUUGGUGACAGGAUGCAGAAAGAAAUCACAGCCCUGGCUCCCAGCACCAUGAAGAUCAAGAUGAUUGCACCUCCUGAGCGUAAAUACUCCGUCUGGAUCGGUGGCUCCAUCCUGGCUUCCCUUUCCACGUUCCAGCAGAUGUGGAUCAGCAAAGACGAGUACGAGGAGGCCGGACCCUCCAUUGUCCACAGGAAGUGCUUCUAAACCCCUCCUCAUAUUCUCUUCUGUCCUGGUCUUUCCAAAUUGUCUUGUGUCUGUCCUACAGACUUGUUUCCUGUUCGUCUCAAGUUCUUCUGUACCGUGAUUCGCGUC